AUGGACAGAAAUCUCACGUGUUCGUGCUGGGACUCAUCUUCAACUUGUUUGCCAUUUAGCUUCAGAAGUAAAUCUACAGCGGUGAACUGGAAUCAACCCGUCUUGGUCGGCCAACCAGCCGAGGAUGGCAGUGGUCGGUGUUCCCUUGAAGCUGGAGUGAUCUUGAGCAAUCCGGCUAUGCAGAAAUUGAUACAACAGCGACAUGCUUGCAACCUACUCGCCAGUGGUUCUGAUGCUGACCAACUUGCUUUCGAAAAGUGCUUGCAGCUAGCUACCAAUUUGUCUUGUGUCAGUGAGUACCAAGGUCAAACUUACAAUGUUUGGCACGUGGAUGGUACACAAACUGCUCACGAUGCGAUCGACAAAUGGCGCGCCCACGAAGCUUUUAAUAAAUCAAUUGCCGUUACGAAAUUGCUAUCGGAUGCUGAUGCAUCUGCACUUCACGACCAUUUUGUUAGCGUGGAAGUAGCGAAGUGAGU